AUGUCUCAGAACGUGGGAAUGAGCAACUGCUGCCUGAGUGGCAAGGUGCAUCAAGGCCAACCCGCCGGCCGAGAGGAUGAAAUCGGCGGCCUCUCAACUUACAUUUCGGAGCCGGAGAACCACUCCAAGGCCAAGUCGAUAAUCUUCAUUUGCGACAUCUUCGGUUACACAUUCCCCAACAUCCGCCUCCUGGCCGACGAAUAUGCCAAAGCGGGCUUCUACGCAUACGUGCCGGACUUUCAUCAGGGCGACUCCUUGCCAUUGUCCUUUCUGGACAAUGUCGAGCCCCCUCUCAAGACGCAAGAAACACGCACCCUAGUCGACAAAGCUAAGGAUGCCGUCAUCGUGCCUACCACUUUAGGCCCGUGGCUCGCCAAACACCGCGAAGGUGUCUCCCGGCCCUUGAUCGACGGCUUCGUCAAUACCGUGCGCAUGACGCCUGGCACGAACAAGAUCGGGGCAAUCGGGUUCUGCUGGGGCGGGCGGUAUGCGAUUCUGCAAGCCCACGGGCAGGGCAAGAGUGGAAAGGGCAGUGAUAUUGGGGGCGUGGAUGCGGCGUAUGCUUGUCAUCCGAGCCUCGUAGCUGUACCAGCCGACUUCGACCCCGUGGAGAUGCCGCUAAGUCUGGCGAUGGGGACAAAAGAUUCUCUUUUGGAUCAGGGGACCGUGGGCAAGAUUCAGGAUUUGAUGGCGAAGAAGACGGCUGUGCCGCAUGAGAUUAGGCUGUAUGAGGAUCAGAUCCAUGGCUUUGCACUGCGUAAUGAUUGGAGCAGCGAUAAAGAUAAGAAAGCUAUGGAUGAGUCGGCACAGCAGGGCAUUGAGUGGUUCUCCAAGUAUCUGUCGCUUAUCGACCGCCUUCCAUCAAUCGAAAGGUUCUGCAUCACAAGACCCAUUGAAAGAAAAGCAAUUGAAAGCAGCCCUCAAAGUGGAGACUCACCCUUCUUCCUCGUCCAAUCUCACAGCAACUCUGACACCUUGGAAUCGGCCCACACUCACUACAUUCACUACAUUUACUAUAAUCAAGUUCCAAAGAUCAUCAAUCACGCUGCACGCUCCGCUGCAGUCAUGUCCUACAACGAGAAACAUAUCGUUGGUGCCGAAGUCGUUCACCUAGAACCACCACCACAACCAUCAUACAAUAAUACCCUCACCAAAACCGAGAGCAUCUCCAACUCAACUUUGUAUCCCUCCUCCGAGUACGAUGCUACCUCGAGAGACGACUACCCACCUUCCUCAGAUCAUCCAUUCUCCCCUUUCUACUCCCAUCCUACAACCCGCACUUCCCUGGAACAAAAGAAGUCGGAGUCGAAAGUCCGCUUCCAAAUCUACGAACACGAUCUCGAAGCUGGCUCACGGGUUACACAAUUCACACAAUCAGAUCUGGCUCAACCAUCUCAUACAGACGAUGCAGUAUGGCCAUCCAGUAGAGCCCGAAAACAGCACGAGGCAAUGGUCAAGAGCAAGAAGCAUCAUUCAUACAGUCCUUUUAAACGCAUGAGCAAGAGGCAGAAAUUCUGGGUACAAGCUUUGAUUGCUGUCAUCAUCGUUGGGGCGAUAACGGGAUUGGGAGUCGGGAUUACGAAGGCGGUUGGGGGUGGUGUCUUCAGAACAUCCAACGAUUCAAGCGCUCCAAUUGGGAACAACGAUAAUCAUUGA